CCUAUAUUUCAAGCUCUUUUUCAUUAUAAGCAAUCCAUUCAAUUUAACCAUUUCUUGUCGAAAUGGUCUUCCAAUUUGACUUUUUUGUUAAUUGUUGACUCCAAAGUUCGAACCCAAAAUAUGAUGGAUUUUCUCAUCCUCACAUUACCAUUAGGCCAACUUCUUGAAAUUCUUGUUUGAUUUCGUGCGUUGGAAUGUCAAAUUAGAGUAGGAAAUAUGAUAUAUAAGCAAGCCUCUACAUUUUAUCUAGCACCCAGCCCUUAAAUGAUAUAUAGAAGAACUACUUAUCUUCUCUUAGAUAGAAGCAGAUGUGAUAUAUCCUCAAAAGUGUUACAAAAGCAAUAGGGGGUGGUGGCGCAGUUGGUUAGCGCGUAGGUCUCAUAGCCAAAGAGUAAUCCUGAGGUCGAGAGUUCGAGCCUCUCUCACCCCAAAAAUUGUUUUUGCCAAUCCUUUUUUUUUCUACUGAACUUCUAUUUGCUGCUGAUGCAUGCCUGCAUCUUCUCUCUCUAGCUCAAUGAAUAACACGUGUGACCACCACAUGAUUCACAUUUCAAACACUUUGUCGUAUUGAAAAUGCUCUCUUCCUCGAAGAAUUUGAGUAUUUGACUGCACUUCUGAAUUUGAGUAUUUGCUGCUGAACAAGAAGAUGCUCCCUUGUGUACAGGUUCGGUCACGACAGCAAUGCAUUCGAUACUGCUUAUUUGCCUUUGAGUUGUCCGCUGGGCAAACGAGCAAAACAAGGAAUUUGGGCUCUGCCUUUUUCUCGGCUGGAGUUGUGCUAGCUAGGGUUACCGAGAUGAUGGCCUACAGCAUUCGUCAACAACCCCUCGAGUACACAAGAGGAGGAUCACAGUUUAUGUCUUGCUCAUCCCGAUAUAUGUUAUAACUCGCUAGUCGAAAGUCGAAACAAUCAAGUGCAACUCUCGAGUUGAUCAUGACUUGUAGUGUACGUAGUUGCAAUUUAGUAUGUCUCGAUUUUAAUCAGAUAGUCAUUGAUGUGUAUAUUUUCUUCGAAUCACAUGUCAGAAUGAGGUGGAUGAUAAUUUACCUGAUCUAACUAGGACACAUUUACUGCUAGAUUGGUUCGUAUGAUGAUGAUCGAGAUUCGAGACACCAACUCCAUCCCAUUGUCACUACUAACCACAUAGCACUCAGAAAAUUGAACAAAGAUAUUUAAUAAACUGUGCACUGUACCACCACUAUGAACAUUUUGCAACAACAUUCAUCUCAGUCGCUAAAUGUUUUGAUGAUUAGUUACUCGCAUCGUCGCAUGAAUUUGUUGAAUGCUCAUAGACAAAGCGCUCUCUCGUUUUCGACAUGAAAUAUUAGUAAUAAACCCGAUGGGUGACAUUUGGACGUUGUAUUGUCCGACGAAGUUUACUGAACAGAAUAAGUGGCAAUAUGCUAAUAGAAUUGCGUUUACGAAACAUGAUACUGAGAGUUUUAUGAACCGCAACAUGCCGGCCCAAAUAUACUCUGCCUUUAAGCAACUGUCUUCUAUCGUUUUCAUUUUCUGUGUUAUAUAUAAACACUUUGCCCGACCAAAUAAGGGAAAAUAUCAAAUAUCUUAACAACCAUAAACAUAGAAAUUAUGGCAGAACGCUCUGUUUAUUCUCAGUCUCGUAUUUUUCUACUCUCUACUUUUCUGGUUUCUCUUCUCCUCGCGCAACUUCCAUGGCGGCCGUCUCUUGCGUCGGCGGCGGAUGCAGCCGGUGGAACCGACGACGGGUCCGAACAAUGGGGCUACGUCGAAGUCCGGCCAAAGGCUCACUUGUUUUGGUGGCUUUACAAGAGCCCAAACAGGGUUGACGAUCCGUCAAAGCCCUGGCCCACGAUUUUAUGGCUCCAAGGCGGCCCGGGUGGCUCCGGCGUUGGAUUCGGGAAUUUCGGAGAGUUGGGACCGUUGGAUUACAACCUGGAGCCGCGUAAUUUUACAUGGCUCAAGAAAGCAGACCUAUUAUUCGUAGACAGUCCAGUGGCGACCGGGUUUAGCUACGUGGAAGACAAUUCGUUGGUGGUAAAAACCGAUGUGGAAGCAGCAACUGAUUUGACUACCUUGUUGAAGGCGCUCUACAAUGGAAACCAAGCCCUUCAGAAGAGCCCUCUCUACAUUUUUGCAGAGUCCUAUGGAGGGAAGUUUGCAGUCACUCUAGGUAUUUCGGCGGUUCGAGCCAUCGAAGCAGGAGAACUGAAACUCCGACUUGGAGGAGUUGCUCUAGGUGACAGUUGGAUUUCCCCCGAAGAUUUUACGUCUUCUUGGGCGCCUCUUCUAAAGCAAGUUUCGCGGAUUAGCAACACUGGGUUGAACAAAUCAAAUAGCAUUGCUUUGCAGAUCAAACAUCAGCUGGCCGAAGGCAAGUACGAAGAUGCAACAGACUCGUUUGGUGAACUCGAGAACCUAAUUUCGGACUAUAGCAAUAGUGUGGAUUUCUACAACUUCUUGUACGACGACGGAGACUCUCCUGUAGCGGCGAACAAAGCUGCCGGACGUCGAAGGAAUGCUGCCGAGAAAUACUCGUCGAAGUUUCUCCGGAUGGGCCAAAGAUCAUCUUCGUUAGCUCAAAAGUCCACUUCUGAUUUUAUGAAUGGGCCCAUUAGGAAGAAGUUGAAGAUAAUUCCUGAGAAUGUCACAUGGGGAGGGCAAGGUGGUUUGGUUUUCCCUGCCAUGGCUGGUGAUUUCAUGAGACCUAGAAUCCAAGAGGUUGAUGAUCUCUUGGCAAAGAACGUUAGUGUGACCAUAUACAACGGCCAGGUUGAUCUCAUUUGCUCAACAAAUGGAGCAGAAGCAUGGCUUAACAAACUCAAGUGGGAUGGACUGGAGGAGUUCUUGAGCACAGACCGGACGCCUUUGUACUGCAAAGGUGAAAAUGUGACCACCAAGGCCUUCACUAGCUCUCACCGGAAUUUGGCCUUCUAUUGGAUUCUUUUGGCCGGACAUUUUGUUCCAGUGGAGCAACCCUGCAUUUCUCUACAGAUGGUGGGAACUAUCACUCAAUCUCCAAGCAGAGCCUAACCCUAAUCUCUCAUACAUAUUAUCUUACUAUUACGAUUGAUAUUAUUCCCUCUUGAUUCAGUGUAAAAUAUGAUUAUUCUCUUAAUAAAUGAUAAUUUACCGUUGAUCGAUUUGCAUUAUGUGUUGCUGAUGGACUACAAUGAUAUUUAAAGUAGUUAACAUUGGGUUGCUUGUUAUUGUAUCAAAAUUUUCAAUUAGGAAGCUACUUGAUAAAUUCAAAGCUGAAAUUUCCAAGUUCAAACUCAGUGUUAUUACAAUUGGACCAAAUCCUUGUUCGACUCAGAUGGAAAAUUUAUGGUGAAGCCAUUUCUACAUCAUGGAUGUUGAGACUGAAGCUUGUUCCUGAUUUGGUUGUGGUUUUCAUACUUAGUCACGAGUAACUAUCGGGAUUGAAAUCGACCAUUAUGUUUAGGGGUGGAAAUCGGUACGGUAUCGGUAUCCCAAUACCAAAUACCGAAAUUCCGAAUACCGAAUUACCUCCUAAAGUCAAUCCCAAUCCCAAUCCCUAAAUAUUCCGGUAUCCCAAUCGGUAUUAUCGAAUACAAAAUUAAUUACCUUUGCAAUUAAUAAUUAAGUAUAUAAAUGAGAUUUUAUUGU